GUCCUUCGGGAGGCGCAGUAAAGCCGGGCUUCCUCCCCGCGGGCUGCUGGGCGCCCACCUGCCGGUGUUCGUGCUCUGCGUGUGCGGGGUCCGGGUGGACACUGGCAGGUGUCACUUUGGGAAACCCCUGCCUUUGGGAGCAAAGCCCCCAGCACCUCCGAGAGCACUUCCAGGAGGCUCUGCUAGCCUGGGAGGUGGCGGAAAAGGCGUGUGGAAAACCAGGAACUGCCUCCCUCUGAGCUGUGGAGCGCCAGGGCUCGUGUGUGUUUCGGGUGAAUACCGUGCACAGGUGUCAGCAACCCAUGAAUAAGAAAAUGCUCUGAAGGUGAACUGGACAGCGCCCGCCGGAACUGAAUCUGUCUGAAAAAGGUCCUCCUUCCCCAAAAGGCCUGUUGGUGGUCAGGAGGGAACCUGUGCAAGGGAUGGGCUCGGAGAACAGCGCUCUGAAGAGCUACACUCUGGAGGAGCCGCCGUUCACGCUGCCCACGGGACACACCGUCUGCCCGGCCGUGCUGCAGGAUGGCAAACGCGCCUCCGUGUUCGUGUACAAGCGGGAGAACGAAGAUAAGGUUCAUAAAGCUGCCAAGCACCUGAAGACCUUGCGCCAUCCUUGCCUUCUGCGCUUCCUCUCUUGUACCGUGGAAGCAAAUGGGAUCCACCUGGUUACAGAGCGGGUGAAGCCUUUGGAGCUGGUCCUGGAGACACUUUCUUCUGCCGAAAUUUGCGCAGGGAUCUACGAUGUGCUGCUGGCACUCAUCUUCCUCCAUGACAGGGGAAACCUAACACAUAACAAUGUCUGUUUAUCAUCCGUGUUUGUGAGUGAGGAUGGGCACUGGAAGCUGGGAGGAAUGGAAACAGUUUGUAACUUCAGUGAAGCCACCCCAGAGUUCCUCUGUCAGGUCAGGUCCGUACGAGACCAGUCGUGCAUCCCGUGCGAGGAGAUGUCUGCAGAUUUCAAAAUCCUGCCCAGCAGCUACGGGCACGCGAGGGAUGCCUAUGCCUUUGGAACAACAGUUGAAAAUCUCCUGACUGUCCUCAGUGACCAGGUUUCAGCAGAUAUUCUCUCCAGCUUCCAGCAAAGCUUGCGCUGCACACUGCUAAACCCAGACCCAAAGUGUCGUCCACCACUGUCCAGCUUAUUGUCUCACGAGUUCUUCAGGAAUGAUUUUCUGGAAGUUGUGAAUUUUCUGAAGACCUUAACACUAAAGUCUGAGGAGGAAAAAACUGAGUUUUUCAAUCAGGAGCUUUUGGAUGAGCUGUCUCUCCUUGUCGAAGCAGCCUUUUCCCAUCUCCACCUUUCUUCCCUAGAGCAAACUGGAGAGAGCCAGACCAGCUGCCUCCUGUCACCAGCCUUGUUCCAGGCACACGUCAUCCCUGUGCUGCUGAAGCUGUUUGAGGUUCACGAGGAGCACGUCCGGAUGGUGCUGCUGUCCCACAUCCACGCCUACGCUGAGCUGUUCUCCCGGGAGGAGUUGAAAAACAUCAUAUUGCCACAGGUGUUGCUGGGCCUUCGAGACACCAGCGACUCCAUCGUGGCCAUAACGCUGCACAGCCUGGCAGUGCUCGUGUCCCUGCUCGGGCCUGAAGUGGUUGUAGGUGGAGAAAGAACCAAGAUUUUCAAAAGCUCUGCACCAAGUUUCAUGAAAACUGCUGAUCUCUCCUCAGAAGAUUCCCCCAGUCACGUUGUGAGCAAUCAGAGAAAUCAAACCUCCUGGCCCUUGAAGAGCAAUUCCAGCUCGUUCCCCAUCUCUGGAAAUGUACCUGUCAAGAAGCUUUCUGGGCGACAAGACAAUCCCCUGGCUUUAAAGACAGGUGAGCAAGGCACUCAGCCCUCCCUGAAUGGAAUUCCUGGAAGCAUGACUACACUGAAUAGCAGGAGCUCUUUGACUACCUCUGAAAAGCCAGCAGAGGAGUGGCCAGACUGGAGCGAGCCAGAGGAGACAGACACUGAGAAAACUGUGAACAUUCAAAUUCAGCCCCGAGAGCUGCAGGGCAGUGUGGGACCUUAUUUUGCUGAUCAUGAUGUAGAUGAGAAGCCCUGGGAUGACUUUGAGCCCAGGAGCCCCAGUCCUAAACUGCCCUCAGGGAACUGCCUCACUGUGACACAAGCUGAUGCAGUUGGAAGGCCGAGGCCUCUGCCAGGUACCCAUCAACUGAGCAAGGAAUUCAAAAGCCUCAGACUGAGUCCCCCCACAAAGUCCUGCCCUGGGAACAGCUGGAGCAAUGACAGGUGGGACCACCAGGACCAACUGGAACAAACUGUGCUGCCAAAACCAACCUCUCAGGAAAGGUUGAAGUCUUCAUCAGAGAACGGCCUGGGAGAAGAGUUCACGAUCAAAGUGAAGAGGAAACCCGUGCAAGACCCUGAGCUGGACUGGUUUGCUGACAUGAUCCCAGACAUUAAACCUUCUUCUGCUCUCCUGAUUUUACCUGAGGCCAGAACAGAAGCAGUUGAUCCCACUCCCUCGGGUGCCUCCCAGAACGUGCUGUUUUCAUCCAAAUUUGCAGCAGCUGAUGGGAUUGAGGCUGAAGCUACAGGCUGGGGUGAAGAAGAGGAGUUGAACUGGGAAGAUGAUACGACCUGGUAACGGGAUGGAAAGAGACAAAGGCCAUUUGUGGUGUGUUGGACCCUGUGCGAGGAGUCGCUGCUUCCCCAGUACCACGGAUAAGUACCUCAGUGCUGCUUUUGCCAGAAGGCAGGCACUUGCUGCCCAGCCAGCGAGAGCCCGGGGGACCUGAGCUCCUGCCAUGGAUGCUCCUCCCCAGUCUGUGCCAAAACCUGCAGGGGUGAGGCCUGCACUCAAGCAAUAUGCCCAGCUGUGGUGCGUGCCGCUGCUCCCGGAGAGAGGAACAGCGGGAUGGUGGUGAAGGGUGGGAUGGGGCUGGCGUGCUACUGGAGGCCAAGAGUGGUGUAAGUGAUUGUUCCAGAGCUCAUCCCUGCCCUGAAAAACUGCUGACAAUAAAUGAAAGUCACACUGA